GUGAAUGUAAGAAGGUUCUGGGAAAAUGCUGCCUCUUCAGAGGGCGAAGAACUCAGUCGAACGAAAGCCGGUCGGUACGUCGGAGAGCGAAAUGUGGAAAGGGAGCAAGUAUGACUCGCAUUUUCAGAGACGUCAAGUGAAAAUAAUGUCUGAUGACGAAGCUCUGCAACAGUUGGCCAAUGCGAAGACAAAAGGAAGGAAAAAGAUCAACCCUCCUCCUACUCCUCCUCCUCCUCCACGUCGUCGUCUUCUUCCUCCUCCUCCUGCUCGGUCUGCCGACGGACAGCCAUCGCCAGACUUGAGGCGAAGGUCGAUUCCCCAGCAGCAGCAGCAGCAGGAGCAGCAGCAGCGAUGGAGAGCUGGAGUGGAAGGAGAGAUUACGGAUAAGAAGAGGAGGAGGAAUGACGCUGAAGGAGAGGAGGAGGGAGAGGGAGAGGGAGAGGGAGAGGGAGACGAGAGGAAGAGGGCUGAGGAACUCUUCGUGACAUGGCCAGGCUUGAGCCUUAAGCAACUGAGAUCAUGGGCCGUUGGAUACCGAACCACGUGGUGUUGCACUAUCGAGAAGGAUGACCAAUGGGAGGGGAGAAAGGGAGACAGAGGGGGGGACAAAGAGAGAGGGAGAGAGAAAGAGAGAGGGAGAAGGGAGGAGGAUGCUAUUGUUUCGUCUUGUUAUGGUAGUUGUUAUGGCAGGAAGAUCAAGAUCAAGAUCGAGAAGGAGGAGGAGGAGGAGAAGGAGGAGGAGGAGGAGAAGGAGGAGGAGGAGGAGGAGGAGGACGUGGAGGAGGAGGACGAGGUAGUGAAAGCACAUCUAUGUUAUCAUUGGUUGAAGGUAGCUGUAGCGGAGAAGAUAAAGCAGCACCGGGAAUUAGGUACCAAGACAGCUGAUGAGCUCACGCGACCAGAUAUGAAGGUCUUGACAGUGAUUAGGAGGGGUAGUCUGUGGCUAGACGAUUUGGAGGGGCAUAAGGAGGGGAUAGGUGUAGGUAGUAAAUUUGGGGACAGGGUAGAGUUGUCUGCUCUUGGCCUUCAUCGCAAUCACGAGGGGGGGAUCAGUACGAAAGGUAUUUUCUACGCCGGCGAAAAAAAACACGUGGCAGUGUCUAUCUUGUAUGCGCCCGGGAAAUACGCCGACGAUCGGACGGACAAGGAACGCGACACGCUCUUCUAUUCUGGGGAAACGCCGAGCGGGACCACCAAGUGCAACGUGGCAGUCGGUGAUUCGCAGCCGGAAAGAAGCAGGCGCAAUAAAGCGUUGAUGGAGAGUAAGGCGCGGGGAGUUCCUGUGAGGGUAAUAAGGAAAGAGGAGACGGGAAAAGAGAUGUACGUGUAUGAAGGAUUGUAUGACAUAGUGAGUCAUAGAGAGGAGCGGGGGCAAACGGGCAAAACAGUGUUGAUGUUUAAACUCACACGAAGGAAGGAGUUCAGGAGGUAGAUAUCUAUCUAUAUGUGCAUAUAUAUAUAUCUACUAACUAAUUGAUAUCUAUGUAGGGAUGUGAUAUACGUUUACUG